AUGCCACCAGCUAUACAGACGGUACUGGGGUAUAUUUUAAUGGGUUCGGUGCCUGCUUUACAGCCACCGCGUAAAUAUACUUCAGCUUGUUGUACUUCCGUGGAUUCCAUGGACCACCUCCUCAAAAAUUUCUGGGAACUUGAGGAAGUAUCCGCUCCGCCCGCUCAAAGCCAGGAUGACUUUGAAUGCGAGGAAUAUUUCCGCGCCACCACUACGCGCGACGCUAGUGGUAGAUAUAUUGUGGCAUUGCCUUUCCGAGAUGACGUGUUCAAGCUCGGAGAGUCGCAUUCGGCUGCUAAGAGGCGCUUUCUUUGUCUUGAAAGAAAGCUAGAGUCAUCGAGUGUGUUACGUGCCGCCUAUGACGAUAUAAUUCGUGAAUACGUCAGUAAGGAUUAUAUAUCGGACGUGACUAACUCUCUCAACGCGAACACCUCUUCAGCCCUCGCAUACAUAAUUCCUCAUCAUGCUGUCGUGCGCGAGGAUAAGACCACUACCAAAGUUCGUAUGGUCCUGGACUCGAGUAGCAAGACAACUACAGGCCUGUCGCUGAAUGAUGUCUUGCACUCAGGGCCCAAUCUUCAAGGGGAUUUAUUUUCAAUCCUCUUGAACUUUCGCUUAUUCAAAAUAGCGCUUUCAGCCGAUUGUCGCCAAAUGUUUUUACAGAUUGGUGUUCGCGAAUCGGACCGCCAGUUUCAACGAAUCUUAUAUAGAUUCCGCCCGGCAGAUCCCAUUUCGACAUACGAAUUUAACCGUGUGUGUUUUGGUAUGAAGUCGAGCCCAUAUCACGCGCUCCGCGUCGUUCGCCAGCUGAUUGCAGACGACGGAAAUAAGUUUCCAAUGGCAGCAGCGAUCGCAUCGUCCUGCACAUACAUGGAUGACGUAUGCUUCAGCAUUAUGUCAGAUGAUUCGCAACAGCAGGAUGAAUCUGUUGCUAUCGCUGCGGCUAAGGAGCUUAUUGACCUAUUUAAAUGCGGUCAAUUUGAUCUUGUCAAAUGGACCUGCAACUCAGAGACCGUGCUACGUGAGAUACCUGCUUCUCAUAGGGCUUCCGUAGACUUGGAAAUAGACCCAGGAGUCUCGCAAAAGGUCCUUGGCUUGUGUUGGAAUAAAUCUGGCGAUUAUUUCCAUUUCAAGGUGACAGAGCCAGAUCCAACGUGCACUAAAAGGACAAUCUUGUCUGCAGUGGCUCGCCUAUGGGAUAACGUCGGCUUAGUAGCUCCAGUUGUCCUUUACGCAAAACUCCUCAUACAGGAGCUUUGGUUGAUCAAAUGCGACUGGGAUGAGACUCCCCCGACCCAUAUUGUAAAUUUAUGGGAACGAUUUUGUUCUGAGUUGCCAAAAUUGAAUGAAAUUCAUAUACCGCGUCAUCUCGGGGUAGUACAAGGUUGUACUAUAAACCUCUUAGGCUUCGGUGAUGCUUCCGAGCGGGCAUAUGGAGGUGUAGUUUAUCUUCAGGUCAUAAACGGGAAUGAAGUGACAGUUCGAUUGGUGUGUUCCAAGUCGAAGGUCUCUCCCUUGAAGACAGUCUCUGUAGCGAGAUUAGAGCUGUGUGCUGCUGUCCUCCUGGCAAAGCUCAUGCGGAAGGUGCAAGAUAAUUUCGAGCCCCGUUACAACAUUAACGAGAUCUACGCCUUUACUGACUCGAAAGUUGCGCUCUGCUGGAUUCAGUCAUCACCACACCGCUGGCAAACAUUCGUUGCCAAUCGCGUUGUUAAGAUAAUUGAAGCUGUACCGGCCAGCUGCUUCCAUCAUGUGGCGGGCUUAGAAAAUCCCGCGGAUUGCUUGUCGCGUGGCCUGACGCCUGCUAAGCUUGUGGAUCAUCCUUUGUGGUUUACAGGACCGGCUUGGGCAUCCAAGCAUCCAUCAGAAUGGCCUUUAAGGGAGCUCGAUCGAGAGUCCAUCGGAGAAGUGCCGGAGCUUAAGCCUCUUGCACACGCUACUACUACGGAUGUGUCAGAGUCACCACUUUAUUCCCUCGCGCAGCGGAUAUCGUCGUGGUCUUGA